UUCAGUAGUUAGUGACAGUGGAAUGAAGCAACUUGGUUUUUCUCUUCUAUGGUCUUGCCAAUCGUUUCCGUCGCGAGAUUGAGCGUACCAGGUCAAGUUGUGUUAUUGGUGAGCUCAAUGUGCUUGUGAUUGGUCAAUUUCCAUAUAUAAGUGAAGCGCCAUUUUCAAGGAGACAAGGAGCUCUAUUCUAGGCAUUCACCAGUCCUCGGCUCCAGGGGCACUCGGGAGAUGAGGACGAUCAGCCGUGAAACAGAUACCUAUAUUUUAAGAAUGUUUAUUCUUGUGUGCCAUGUGUUUGUUAUUGAAGAAUAAUCUUCGGUGACGGUGUUGCCCGGAUGGAACCAUGAAUUAUUAAGGUAGAGAGACAAGAAUGUUUCCACCUCUGAUUUUCCUGCCAUGAUAAAUUAGGCGGCCUGGUUCGUUGCAUCCUUUGUACACAAGCUGUCCGUGUGGGAAUGCCUUUUAUCCACCCUGUAGGUUAUCCCAAGCACCAGUAGCUCCAAGCUCGCAUUGUGUAGGUUGCAGCGCUGGAUUGGUUGACGCUUUCGCAUGUAAAUUGCUUUUCAAAGGGAGCAGCGUUCCUAUUGAAGGGAGAGUGAAAAUUGAGCAAGAUGUCGCUGAAAGAACUGAAAUCGCCAUGGCAAACAUUGGGGCCGCCACCACAACAAUUGUCGCGAAUGCAAAUGGUCGAGCGCAAGCUCUUGGCUAAAUUCAGGGACGAAGGGGCGAUUCAGGCUAGAACACACAAGGAGUGGAAAGCCAACAUGUACAAGUAUGGAAUUGUUGACAGAGCACAGCUGCGGGAUGAAGUUUUUGAGCUUUUCCACAAGCAACUGGAAUUCUCUCUAAGAGAGGAGGGACUUGCCAAAGCUACCCAUGAAGCCCACCUGAAAGCAUGGCAUACUCUACUCAAUGCAGAGCAAGUUGUGGACAUCUCAGGCAUCCAACACAGCUUGACAAGGAAAAUGAACAAUGCCUACAUUGAGGAUAAGCAGACACAAGUAGCAUUGGCAGAGUUUGAGGCCAAGCAUGGCCUGGCCUUACAACCAAGUGAGGGAGCCUUGGCUGAGCAAGAGGAGACAUGGGAGUCUGGUUUUGUGAUGCUUGGCUCAGACACUCAUCCUCCUCCUCUUCCACCACCACCACCACUUCCUGCUGUUGAUCACAUUGCCUUGAGACAAGAAUCAAAAAGGUACUUAAAUGGUGUGAAAGCUCGUUUGAAGAAGGAAGCUGAAACAAAGUUUCAAGAAAUUCAAGAAAGAAGAGCAAUUUUUGAAAUUGGUGAAAAAGCAGGAGACUACAAAGUGAACAUUGGGAUCUUUGUUCCUAGAACAGAAUGGAAAGAAUGGAGUUUAUUGUAUGUUAUGGAUGCUUUACCAAUAUUGCCUCCGCCACAUUGUAUCAAUUGUGCUAAUGCAAAUGAUAUAAUGUAUGCAAAGAUGGCAGCAGAUCAAUAUUGGAGGGAAGUAGAAGAUUGGGCAAGUCCCAUAACAUUUGGUCCCAUUGGGAGGAAUUCAUUCUUAGGAGCACAUCUUCACAAAAUUCAUUUGCAUUCGAAGGAUUUCAAAGACCAUCACUUUGUUAGUUUGAUAAGAUUUAGUCUCAUGUUGGCUAUUGUUGGGGCUCCAUACUCAGGAAAGACCAUCCUAUGCAAGCAGUUGGAAGAAAACUUUGGAUUAGUGCAUAUACAUGCCAAUCUUGUGAUUCAUUUUGCAAUUGAAUAUGCUAUUUCUGAGGAUAGAAAUCUUCGAGUGAGUUCUCCAACAACACCUUCUUCACAAACAUCUACAAAUGAUUCUUGUACAUGCGUCGAGGCUGUAAGGGAUUUGCCUUUGAUUGACGACUCACCACCAAUACCAAUUCCAUCACCCACACCAAUUUCUAAUGCUAACCCAUAUCACAAUUAUUCAUGGAAAGGACAACUUGGAAUGCGUGCCAAAUAUGCUCUUGAUAAUAAUCUACCUAUUCCUGAUGAAGUUAUUGCUCAUUUAAUGAUAUUGGUUGUCAGUGAUUUAAAAGGAUAUGAGCAACAAGUUGAAAAUUUUGAAGCAUCUAACAAACUUGGCUUUUCUAAAAAUACUUUGAGAAAGGCCAGGCAUUCAAUUAAGAAACCCAUGAAGGAAACCAUGCUGCCCGGGUUUUGCUUUGAUGGAUUUCCAGCCACACCCGGGCAGGCAGCUGAAUUUGAAAAACUUCUCACUGGGCAGGAUUACAUGUUUUGGAAGCAAGUUGAAGCUGAAGCUUCAAAAAUUGCUCCACCUCCUCAAAAUGUUUUCCCACAUAGAGCUAUUUCUGGGUUGGAUGGGAUUUUUGUUCUGGAGAGUGUUGGACUUGAAGAUGCUCUUGAUCGAGCAGUUGGAAAAAUUUAUGAUCCUCUCACAGGAGAUGAUUAUCAUUUGGAAUUAAAUCCCCCUCCAUUUGAAACUAAUAUAGGCCUUGCGUUAAGAGUGAAAUCACUAAACCAAAAUCACAAAGACUUAGAUGAUAGAAUGAGAUUGGCUAGCAAAGAAUGGGAUGACAUGCUCAAUUAUUUACAUCAAUGUCAAAACACAUUUUAUAUUUUGAAUACCAAAGUAAAUAUAUGUCCUCGGCAUCCGGCAAUACAAGGUGCCCAUUGUCUUGUAGACAUAGAAGAAGCAACAAAUAUAGCCACUCUAAUUUUGGAUGCUCAUUUAAAAUUUGAAGAUGUGGUGAUUCUUACCACUACAAUCACUAAAGCGGAACAACUUGCACAAAUAGAGGUUAAAAAGGUUCAAAAGGCAAUAGUUGAAGCACAAGAAGUUGCAAAGCAAUAUUUUAAUGCUAUGGUAACAGAUAUUGAGGCACAAAAACAACUAGAUAAACUAUUAAACACCAUCCCCAUUGCAAAAGAGUACUUGAAAAAAACCUCAAAUGAAAUGAUAGCUCCACUCUUUCAUGAAGUGCAAUUACAAAUUGAACAAAUUCACGCCAUUGUUACAAAAGUUGAAGAUGUUUUGGAGAAAGCUCAAGAGGCUUUUCACAUAGCCAAAGACAAGGCAAAGAAAACGGAUAUUGCAAUUCAUCAUAGAAAAAGAGUUAGGGACAUGAUGGAUCAAGCUAAAAAAUCAAUGCAAGCUAUAAAUGAAGCAAAUAUAAGUGCAAAAAAAGCAUUAGAAUUAGCUCAUACAUUAUUGAAAUCAACACCGACUUUAGAUGAAUUAAAAAAAGAAGAAAAACAAAUUCAGCCAAUACCACCUCCACUGCUGUUUGAGCCAUUGAUGGAACUAGUUAAUUCAGAAAAUGAUAUCUUUGUAAAAGAUGAGGAUUGGCGCAUUGAAUUUGAUGAAAAGAAACAUAAAAUAUCGAAACCGUUAUUUAGAGUAUGGAGUGAUAUUGAAGAUAGUUAUUUUGAUGCCUUGCCACGGGCAUAUCUUCAAAUUCGGCAUAUCCGUGCUACACAAUAUAGUGCAAUGAUGAAGUUAAAAGCUGAGUUCCUUGAACUGUUGAAGCGUAAAAAUCAAUGUCAGGAGAUCUUCAAUAAAUAUCAAACCAAAUACAACCUCCAAGACUUUGCAUUCUUCAAAAACAAAGCCAACCAAGUGCCAUUGCAAAAUCAAGCAGCAAGUGUGGCGGAGGAACUGAGGACCCACUGCAUGCAACGCAACCAGGAAGUGAAGGCACAUCUAGAUCGAUCUCUGAGCGAGUUCAAAGCGUCAUGGAGAUCCGCGAUGGCCAACUGCUUCCUGCAAUUCGUUCAAGCCGAGCUGGAUCGGCACAUUGGAUCCUGCAGCCUGGUGCAUGAGUACCUCACAAAGGCGGAGCACGAGGAGGAGGAGGGUCCGAAGCCUGCAUUCGCACUGCAGUUCCUGUGCAGCUUGGCAAGCAUCAUGGAGCCACCGCUGGUUUCAUUUCCGAUUCCGUUUUGGAUGACCACCCUGGAACACCCCUACCCAGAGCUUUACAAGGGGUUGUGCCAAGCGUUCCUUGUGGCGAACCGCAUGCUGGACGCAAUAGUUGGACGAGAAUCCCUCGGGCCGUCUAUCAUCGGCGCUUCAUCGCCGCCUGUUCCCAGAGCGUCGCAGAAACGGCCAUCGUUCCGAAAUCCCACCAAAGGAUCUGCCAAGGGGUCCGUCAAAGGAUCUACCAAAAGCUCCACCAAAGGCUCCGUCAAGGGCUCCUCUCGGGGCUCCGCCAAGGAUACUGCGAAAAACUCAACCUCGGGAGAAUCUGUGCCGAGGAUAGUAGACACACCUGCCGACGACCUUGGAUUUGCCACUCCUGCAGUUUCCAUGCUGUGGCCGAUAGCGAGGAUGGAAGUGCCCAUGGAGCCUGGAGUGGAUCCCGCUAUUGCUCGCGACCACCAGAUCCUGUAUUAUCGUCUCGAACUCAUUGCUAGAAAUUGCUGCAUUUACUUCGAAGAGGUGUACCCGAUGCUAGCCACCACAUACGAACACCUGGCUGCUUCGAUAGUCGAAGUCAGCAAUAGAGAGUCAAAAGUGAUGGAAGACAGUAUUGUUUACAUUAAGGACUCAGCAAUCGAGAGGAUUCCUCUGUGGUUCCAAUGCUUCUUUGCUGAGGAUAGUUUUAUUAUCGCAGUGCCCACACUCGUCAAGGAACCUGGACCACUAAAGCCGAUAACCAUGGUUCAAUGGCAUGUCAGGCUGCUUUUGGCAUUGGGCAAAAAAUUUAAACCUGCGAAGUCCUACGUGGCGCUGGACGAUGCGAAGAUGUGGGUGAUGGAGAUCAUCGAAGAGAUUCACGAGAUUUUCAAGGAAGACCCCGCACAGGGGCAACAGCCUCGCCUUCCUUGCAACCAGAAUACUCCUUUUGGUCCAUUCCAGCGCUGGGUUGAGAAGCUGGAAGAGGUUGUAGAGUCAACGAUGGAGGACGUAGACCCGCCAGAACAGAACUUCAAGCUCGUCAUCGAUUGGAGAUUAUUCCUUGUGGCGUUAGCUGACGCACAUUUCGAUUACUUCCUAUCCAAAUCCUCUAUCGACGACAUUGUGCAAGCUCGCACUGAUUUCUUCGUGGUCGUGGCGACUAAGAGUUUGACCGAUCCUACGAAUGAGUUCUUCACUUUGGAAGACUUCCUGGCGACUUGGAUGUGGUUCGAUCCCGAUGUGGACGACGAAGAAGAAGCAACGGUGGGCAGUAGCGGAAAACCCAUGUUUGUAGAAAGUAAAGAAAGAAAAGAAGCUCCACUCAAACCGUCACCAUCGGUGGCGUCACCACUAGUGGAGUCAGAAUGGGAUUUCGCAGCAGAGAUGAAGAAGUUUAUUUAUGGACUUCUCAACAAAGGAAAAGUUGGCAUCCCAUGGCAUAGCCUGCUGCUAUGCUGCUGUCGUGAUCUAGACAAGGAGUUGAGUAUCAGGAAGGCUUUUAACGUUCUUGGCGCACCAAUGGGCCCAAUGAAUGUAACGUUGUCGGCGGAGGAGAUGUUGUGCUUGUGCUUUCCGAACGGCGUUCAAGGAGCAGAGGAGUCUGCUGUAAAGCCUUGGGACAUUUCUUCCUUGAAGAUGAUGUUGAAACAAGUGGACAUGGAGAGCAUAUCUGUGCCUAGGAGCCCCGGUGAUUCAUACGGAAGCGAAUCAUAUCUGGAUGACUUCUCAAGGAAACCGUGUGAGCAGCGGACAGGAAUGGAAUGUGUGGAACCCCAAAAGCCGCCUAUUCUAUUAUUCUGUGAAAUCGAAGAUGUCAUGGCUGAAUUUCUCAACCAGGUUGCUGCACCCUCACCGAGCUGCACUCCACUGAGUUGCAUAUCGUCUGAGGCCAACCACACCAUCGAAGUCUUUGUGGAUGCGUUAGCGGAGGAACAAGUUGAACCACUGAUGUGGUUCACAAUUGAUGACGUGCUGCAAAAAGAUGCGACGGCAAAGCUCCGAGUAGCUUUGUUCAAAAUUUAUGGCCGUUCGUGUGCAUAUCCAGUUCCAUUGAACGUAGGAGUAAAGCCACCACCACCAGUAAGAGCAUCACAUAAAAAGUAAUUAUUGUAAGACUGGCACCAUCAUGAUGGAAGUGCAACUCCCCAAAACUUGUACAAGUAUAUUGGUCGAGAAAAGUCAAGUACUGCAUUUUUGAUUUCAGCAUUCACUUUGCUGUCUGUUUUUCCUGGCCCCAUGUAAUAUUAACUUCAACAAACUCAUCGUGUUGCAAGUUGCAGCACAGUAGUUGUUGAUUUGAGGAAA